AUUACAUUAACUCUCUUUGUAGUACAGUGAAUAAUGAGUUCUGUUAAAGUGAGACUGAUAAUAAAAUUUUAAUAUCUGCAUUAUGUAAACAACAUGGCGCUAUCCCAUCAAUGGUUCAUACAGUGGUCACCACCUUCCAUGGUGAUCAAUGAUAUUAACAACCAAUAUAGUGCCGUAAAUAAUUGGAACAAGGGAAGGAAUAAGUUGGAAUGGCAGGUCACGGUACAUAAUAGUGAGGGUGAAUAUAAUAGUGUCCCAAAUAUUGGUCUUAAGGAUUAUCCCGAUUACUAUGGGCGUAAAAGCACUGCUAAUAAAAAAUACGAUAGAUCUCAGGCAGCUGGAUUUGCGCUAUGGCUGACAAUGUUAGGCGUGGCGAGUUCGCAGACCAUACCAGCAGACUUGGAUACACCACCUUUUAGUACACUUUACAAGUGGAAGCAAAUCGACUUUGAGUUUCCCUCUAUGAGUCACCGAUGGCAAGCUCUCAGCACUGGAAAAUACAUACCAGAAAAUGUGUUACCACUGGGAUUGGAAGUGUGGGGGCACCGCGUAUUCAUCACAGUACCUCGAUGGAGACGUGGUAUUCCGGCGACUGUUGCCACUGUCUCGCGGUAUGGUGGUGUAACCUCACCACCACUCAAGCCAUACCCCAAUUGGCAAUUUAAUAAUCCAUUAAGUAACGGCAGGAAUUGCUCUGGAUUAACAUCAGUCUUUCGAGUCCACGUAGACCCCUGUGGAAGACUAUGGGUAUUAGAUUCUGGUCAAAUAGAUUCUGUAGAUAAAGCAGAUCAAGUGUGCCCGCCUAGUUUAUUAGUAUUUGACCUUCAAACAGACACACUUAUAGCUCGUUACACUAUUCCCAAAAAAUAUGUGUUAGAAGACUCCCUAUAUGCGAACCUAGUAAUUGAUACAAGAACAGAAGACUGUUCAGAUGUUCAUGUAUACAUAGCAGAUACUUGGCGCUUUGGACUUCUUGUAUUUAGGGAAAGGGAUGAGAAAUUUUGGCGUUUCUCUCACCCCCUAUUUUUUCCAGAUCCGUUAGCUUCGAAUUUCACUUUACACGGACUUAAUUUUCAGUGGACUGAUGGAAUUUUUGGAUUAUCAUUAUCGCCGAUUGACAUAUACACAGAGCGUAUAUUAUACUUUCAUUCUAUGUCGAGCUAUAGGGAAUUUUAUGUAUCAACAGCUGUACUACAAGACCCAAUGCGUGUGAAAAAUAGUUCGUCGGAGUUUAAUUUAGCUGGUGAAAGUAGAGGACUAUCUGGGCAAUCGUCCGCUUCUGCUAUUGAUGAUAGAGGAGUUAUGUUUUAUGGUCUAGUCACUCGUGAUAGUAUUGGUUGUUGGGACACAAAGAAACCAUACACGAAGGUAAUGAAUGGGGUGGUAGCUAAGAAUUCAGAAACUCUUAUAUUUCCUAAUGACAUAAAAAUUGAUCAAGAAGAACGACAAAAUGUUUGGGUCAUCUCCAAUCGUCUGCCUAUGUAUCAAUCAGCUCCGUUAAAUGCUGAUGAUUAUAACUACCGUCUCAUGUUCGCGGACGCUGUAGAGGCAGUUAGAGGUACUAUUUGCGAUCCAGAAAUAUAA